CCUGCGUGCCAGGGGAGGGGCUUGUGAGUUGCGCGCGCAAGCUUCCUCCAUUCUCCCGUUUCCCGUGGUUCAGCUCGUCCAUCACGGCGCGUGGCUGGCCUCAGUGCUCCGAGCGGACAUGGCGAUGCACGUGCCCAAGGCCCCGGGCUUUGCCCAGAUGCUGAAAGAAGGCGCCAAGCAUUUUUCAGGAUUAGAAGAAGCUGUAUUUAGGAACAUACAGGCAUGUAAGGAGCUUGCCCAAACAACCCGUACAGCUCUUGGACCAAAUGGAAUGAACAAAAUGGUUAUCAAUCAUCUUGAGAAGCUUUUCGUGACAAACGAUGCUGCAACGAUCUUAAGGGAGUUGGAGGUCCAACACCCUGCUGCAAAAAUGAUUGUAAUGGCUUCCCAUAUGCAAGAGCAAGAAGUUGGAGAUGGAACAAACUUUGUCCUUGUUUUUGCUGGAACCCUUCUUGAGCAAGCAGAGGAACUUCUGAGGAUGGGACUUUCAGUUUCAGAGGUGAUAGAAGGUUAUGAAAAAGCUUGCAAGAAAGCCCUAGAAAUUCUUCCUGACUUAGUAUGCUGUUCUGCAAAGAAUCUGCAUGAUGUUGAAGAAGUGGCAUCUUUGCUGCACACCUCAGUAAUGAGUAAACAAUAUGGCAAUGAAAUCUUCCUGGCAAAGCUUAUUGCUCAGGCAUGUGUAUCUAUUCUUCCUAAUUCUGGUCAUUUCAAUGUUGACAGCAUCAGAGUAUGCAAAAUUUUGGGCUCUGGUAUCUCUGCCUCUUCAGUCCUGCAUGGUAUGGUUUUUAAAAAAGAAACUGAAGGAGAUGUUACUUCUGUCAAAGAUGCCAAAAUAGCUGUGUAUUCCUGUCCUUUUGAUGGCAUGAUAACUGAAACUAAGGGCACUGUACUGAUAAAAACUGCUGACGAACUUAGGAAUUUCAGCAAGGGAGAAGAAAAUCUAAUGGAUCUGCAAGUCAAGGCAAUUGCUGAUGCUGGUGCAAAUGUUGUAGUAACAGGUGGCAAAGUGGCAGACAUGGCACUUCAUUAUGCCAAUAAAUACAAUCUUAUGUUAGUCAGGUUGAACUCAAAAUGGGAUCUCAGGAGGCUGUGUAAAACUCUUGGCGCUACCGCUCUUCCCAAAUUGAUUCCACCUACAUUAGAAGAAAUGGGUCAUUGCGACAGUGUUUAUUUGUCAGAGGUUGGGGAUACACAAGUAGUUGUGUUUAAGCAUGAAAAGGAAGAUGGUGCCAUUUCUACCAUAGUAAUCCGUGGAUCUACAGAUAAUCUAAUGGAUGACAUAGAGAGAGCAAUAGAUGAUGGUGUUAAUACUUUCAAAGUACUCACUAGGGAUAAACGUCUUGUUCCUGGUGGUGGUGCAACAGAGAUUGAGUUGGCCAAGCAGAUCGCAUCUUAUGGAGAGACGUGUCCUGGGCUUGACCAGUAUGCUAUCAAGAAAUUUGCUGAGGCAUUUGAAGCCUUUCCUCGAGCACUAGCAGAAAAUUCGGGAGUAAAGGCCAAUGAGGUUCUCUCCAAACUUUAUGCAGUGCACCAAGAAGGCAACAAAAAUGUUGGAUUUGAUAUUGAGGCUGAAACUGCAGCUGUGAAGGAUAUGUUGGAAACUGGUGUGUUAGAUACAUAUCUUGGAAAACACUGGGGUAUUAAACUGGCUACAAAUGCUGCAGUGACUGUGCUCAGAGUAGAUCAGAUUAUCAUGGCAAAACCAGCUGGUGGGCCCAAACCUCCGUCAGGAAAGAAAGAUUGGGAUGAUGACCAAAGCGAAUGAACACCUUCACUGUACUUUGAGUGAACUAGGAUUGUAUGGAUCUUGUAAUACUCCUGUUGGGACCUGACAUGUUUUCUCCCUCACCUUAAGUUAUGAAACUGUAAUCCAGUAAAGAGUGCAGUACCACUACUAUUUCAAUAAAUGAACUUGCAGUAUAAAAAGACUCAAUUUGUUAACUUGUCCUAUUAGACUUGUAGCCUUAAAAUUAUCUUUCACACAUGUUGCUUUUGAGUGUUAAUUAUCUAUAUUGAUUAAAGGAACAAGUUGUUUUGAAUCUC